AUGGGUCAACAACAGACCAAGGAGACCGGCGCUGCCGGCUCGUCUGCUGCCCAAUAUUCCAGUCACACGCGAAGCUCAUCCCGCGGCAUGUCACCUUCCGUAUCGGCCAACAUGAUCGCUUCCCUUUCCGCCGCCAGCUUGCGCCCUCCCUCGCCGCCGCCUCUGCCAGCGCAUCUGGCAGACUCGGUCAAAGUCGAUCAAGGUGGCCUCGUUCCUUACGGCGUCUACACCGGUCCCAAGGACUACGACCAGCAUUUCGUGCGCCAGAGCAUCGUUGACCGUCGACUCGCUCCUUUCUGUAAGGGCACCGACGACGAAGAUGAACUCGCUGACAGCAAAUUCAACAGCGAGUGUCCCAUCUGCUUUCUCAACUAUCCCACCCCCCUCAACUUUUCUCGCUGCUGCCACCAGCCCAUCUGCACCGAAUGCUUUGUGCAGAUGAAACGUGCCGAUCCCACUUCGACCAAUCCACCUUCGUCCGAGCCGCGCUCCUGUCCCUUUUGUGUCGAGCCCGACUUCGGCGUCACAUACACCCCACCAGAGUCGAUCGAGCAUGCACGACGUUCCAGCGCCAGUGGCGGCGACAGUCCUAACGAUGCCACAGACGCCGCCAAUUUCGCCGAGAUGGCCAUCGGCACUGGCGGUGCGGCCGUAACGGGCACCGGCAAAAAGAAGAUCCUCGCAGCCGAUGACCCGAGCGUUAUCACAGUGGAUCAGGUGCGACCGGACUGGCAUACAAAACUCGCCCAGGCAGAAGCCGCUGUGGCUCGUCGCGCCAACCGUCGCGUCAUCAUGCGACAAGUAGGCGAUCGUCUGAUUCCAAUUGGCAUCUCUUCGUCUCGCAUGGGUGCCGAUCUAGCGGCUGCUGCCGAGAGCGGCAGAAUCAAUCUCAACGGACCCGGUGGCAGUAUCAUCCUGAAUGACGGUCAGAAUUGGCCAGGUGCAGCACCAGUGGCCACAUCUCGAAGGAGAAGUAGCCGUCCGAGCCGCGGAGCCAAUGAUGGUGUGCACGAGCUUGCAAGGCUCAUGCGAAUGGGCAAUGGAGAGGACAUGGAAGAAGCUAUGAUCAUGGAGGCCAUGCGCCUCAGCCUGCUCGAGCACGAAGAACAGCAGCGCAAACAGGCCGAGGAAGAAAAGAAAAAUAAAGCUGCCGCCGCUGCGGCAGCAAGUGCAACCCAAGGCUCGAUGGCCACCUCAUCACGCCUGUCGACCUCCAACGACCUGUCUGCUGGCGGCAGCGCAGCAAACAGGUUCCCAGUUGGGGCUGCCCAAUCCGUCUUGGAGGAGAGCGAGGGAUCAAGCAGCAACGCAGCAAGAUCGUCGCCCCUUGCUGCGGAUGCACCAACGGUGCCCAGGCUGCCGCCUGUCAGUAAUGUGGAUCCGGCAGCGCUCGGUCUUUCGCAAACGACCAUGGACGAGCUCCGCGAGCUGAUCGAUGCAGAUCCAAUGCUGCCAUCCUCCUCCGACUCUGCACCAUCACCCAUGCCUGUCGAAUCGGGCGGAUUAGCGAGACCACUCCGAUUGGUGGCGGCGCCCGAAUCUGUACCUGUCCCCCAGCCGAUCGCAGGCUUGGGCUCGGUGUUGGCCGAGCAACACGACCCGAGCAUCAGCUCGCAGCAUGGAUACCCUUCUCCUCCGCCCGAAGUUUCGGGUUCGGCAAAGCAUGCAACCUCGUUCUCGACAACGACGACGACACCCCCCCUCGAUGCUCACGCGAGCGCACCCGCCGUCCCCGGAUCGUCAGGGUUCGCUUCGGCAGCAGCAGUGCCACCAAGCCGCAUCAUGAACCCAAACAAUCCCUUCCGUCGUAGCAUGGGCGAACAACAUUGA